UUCUAGCAUUUUUGCGGGGCUCGUCGAAAAAGCCACGAGGCAUCAUCGAACGUACGUACGUACGCAGGCACGCACCCACGAGGGACGAAAAAUGGCGAACUACCACAAGCCGGAAUCGAAGACAAUUCAGGAGUUGCGGGAUAUCGCGAUCAAGUUGAGAAUUCACUCGAUCGAGGCCACGCAAGCCAGUAAAUCCGGACAUCCAACAUCAUGUUCGUCAAUGGCAGAAAUUAUGUCCGUUCUCUUUUUCCAUACAAUGCGUUACAAAGUAUCGUCACCACGUGAUCCGUCAUCCGAUAGAUUCGUUCUCAGUAAAGGCCACGCGGCUCCGAUUCUUUAUGCAGCUUGGGCGGAAGCUGGUUUGUUCCCGACCAGCGAAUUAUUAAACUUGAGAAAAUUUGAUAGCGAUCUCGAAGGACAUCCUACGCCAAGACUUAAUUUUAUAGACGUAGGAACUGGCUCAUUAGGACAAGGUCUUUCAGUUGCUGCAGGCAUGGCCUACGUCGGAAAGAAUUACGACAAGUCCAGUUAUCGUGUGUACUGUUUGAUUGGUGACGGAGAAGCAGCAGAAGGUUCCAUUUGGGAAGCUCUCCAUUUUUCGUCCUACUACAAGUUGGACAAUCUUUGUGCCAUUUUUGACAUUAAUCGUCUAGGACAGAGCGAUCCUACCUCGCUGCAGCACAACAUGGAAGUUUAUCGCAAAAGACUAGAGGCCUUUGGCUUCAAUGCUUUAGUUGUAGAUGGUCAUGAUGUUGAAGAAUUAGCAAAAGCUUUUCACGAAGCACAAAAUACAAAAGAACGUCCUACUGCCAUCUUAGCUAAGACUUUCAAGGGUAAAAAUUUCCCUCAAAUUGAAGAUCUGGAAAACUGGCACGGUAAACCUCUGGGGAACAAGGCGAAUGAAGUUAUUCAGCAUUUGACUGGACUUAUGAAAAAUUCUGGUCCUCUCGGGCUACAUCCGCAGAAACCACUUGUAGAUGAUGCUCCAGUCGUAGAUAUUAGCAACGUUAAGCUAGCUUCACCUCCGAACUACAAAAUAGGCGAACAAGUAGCUACCAGAUUGGCUUACGGAACUGCUCUUGCGAAACUGGCGAAGAACAAUCCUCGAGUUAUAGCUCUGGAUGGUGACACGAAGAAUUCCACUUACGCCGAAAAGAUAAAAACGAUCGAUCCGUCUAGAUUCAUUGAAGGAUUUAUUGCCGAACAAAAUGUUGUGGGUGUCGCAAUUGGUGCUGCUUGCAGAGAUCGUACUAUCGCGUUUGUAUCCGCUUUUGCGACGUUCUUCACACGUGCUUUCGAUCAGAUUCGCAUGGGUGCGAUAUCCCAGACAAAUGUAAACUUCGUCGGCUCGCAUUGUGGCGUGUCCAUCGGUGAGGAUGGGCCAUCGCAGAUGGGUUUGGAGGAUAUCGCGAUGUUCCGCACGAUUCCUGGUUCUACCGUAUUUUACCCGAGUGACGCUGUAUCGACGGAGCGCGCUAUAGAGCUAGCAGCCAACACCAAAGGCAUCUGUUUUGUUCGUACUUCUCGUCCGGCCACGGCAGUUUUGUAUAAAAAUGACGAGCCGCUGGCGGUUGGUAAAGCCAAAGUGGUCAAAUCGUCCCCGAAAGAUCAGGUGCUCGUGAUCGGCGCCGGUGUAACAUUACACGAAGCGAUCAAAGCGGCCGAUGAAUUAGCCAAGACCGGAGUCAACAUUCGUGUGCUCGAUCCAUUCACGAUCAAACCGAUCGACGUGCAAACGAUUUUAAAGAACGCCAAAGAGGUUGGCGGCAGAAUUAUUACUGUUGAGGAUCAUUAUCCGCAGGGAGGUUUAGGCGAAGCGGUCCAAUCUGCGGUCGCCAUGGAGAGAAACGUAAUAGUGAAGAAAUUGGCGGUUUCGAGCGUGCCACGUUCCGGUCCGCCCGCAGUACUGCUUGACAAUUUUGGUAUUAACGCUCGUAGCAUUGUCGGAGCUGUACAGGAAAUCUUGAAAGAUUAGUGUUUCACGAUCGCGGGUUAGAUCGACGGGAGGCUGUUAAUGUACAAAUAAAAUUUUAUUUUUCCAAAGCACAAAAAAUCUCGAUGGAGUAUACGUUGUGAAACAUUCCAUCUUUUUUAAAACGUUUGCUGUGAGCUGUAUAAUAACAAUUGAAACCGAUAUAAUUUUAGUGAAGUUCAAUUUCCUACGUUAUACGUCAUACGUAAAAAAGUGAUACGUGGGAAUUUGAACCUGAACAAACUAACUGGUUUCUAUAUUCUAUUUCAUUGAAUGUACAAACCUAAUCGUGAACAAAAUUAUUGAUGAACAUAUAUGGUUGAAUAAGAAAAACAUAUCUUUGUAUACACGUGUACUUUAUACAUAUAGAAGUAUAUAUACUUUUGCAAAUAUUUGUACAACUUUUACAAAGCAAGAAGUUUAUUCCUCAAGGAAUUACACGAAUAUCUAGAAGGUCAAACUAGAUGGGAAGUUUAAGAACAUUCGAUAUAUUUGUCGUUUUUAUAUAUUACAAAUGUGUUUAUACAAUGUGUUUUUGUUGCAAGAGAUAUAAGAAAAAUAUUGAAAUGUUUUUGGGACUACUUUUAUAUAUGAAACCAACUGGAAAAAUAAAAGUAUCUUUGAGAUACUCCAAGUGUCUUUUAAUAUAAAAUAA